UGGCAAAUGGCAAUACUACCAUCUGCAAAUGCAAUUGCAAUUGCACUUCGCAGCACAAGUGUGCGCCGCUCCUUAGACGCUUUUCUCAUCUCAUUUGUUGAAUCCCAUCUUGCAGUUGCUCGAUUCAUUUACGCAUAUCCCAUUAUCAAUCACAUCAUAUUCUUCCAACCCAAAAUCUAAACAAUCUCUUUCAUGGUUUAGAAUCUACAACCAUCAAACAUGAAAGCUAGAUUAUUAGUCUUUCCAAUCAAGGGAAGGAAUUGGUGCUUUAUCAGAUCCAUUGACCGCUCAACCACGCAAUCACAAUCCUCCCAAACUCCCACCACAUUCAAACACCUUUGGAACAACAUUUCUUCCUCUUCUCACAAAUCCGCUGCUGCUAAUCUUGAGCUAUGUGUUGAUUUUGCAGCCGACAAGAUGAAUAAAGCUUGGUCUGGUCUGGAGAAGGCGCCUCCCGGCAGUUUCAAGAACAAGAUUCACGGCUUGGGAUUAAGCCUUUUGUCACGUGUUAAGCCUUCUGAGAUAUUUUUGAAGUCCAUUCCCAAGCAGUUAACGGGUGUGGAGGUCGUCUUCCCAUCAAGCUUAAAUGCAAGACUUGUCCGUCGAAGAUUAAGGCAUAUUGCUUUGAGGGGGACUGUUGUUCACAAGAAUUACUUUUAUGGAUCAGUUACAUUGCUUCCAGUUACCUCUGCUUUUGCCGUUCUGCCUUUGCCAAAUGUACCCUUCUUCUGGAUCUUAUUUCGCACCUAUUCCCACUGGAGGGCUCUAAAGGGAAGUGAGAAACUUCUUCAGCUGGUAUCAGAUUCCCCAAAGAAUCAGAAGUCUAGUGAGAUACACCCUGAGAAUGAAGCAGCAGAAAACAACUCAGAGGAUCCUCCACUGGUAAUGCAAGCAUCAGAGGAGCUUGAGAGACUUGUUGGAGGUGGAGAUGAUGUUAGCAAGUGUCGAUUAACAGACAUCUGCAAGGUGUUUGAUUUGAACACGGUGGAUGUGCUUAAAUACCAGCAGCAACAGCAAAAGUAGUAGUAGUUAUAGGAAGAAAAAAGAAAAGAGAAAGAAAUAGAUGGAAAAUUUUGAUUUGUUGAAGCAUUUGAUCUGAUUUUCAAUUUUGUUUGUAAAAUUGAUUGAUUGAUUGAUUGAUUAUCAACAUGGAUUUUGGUUCCUUUUCAGAGCCAAAA